CACAGAAUUUCUUUGAAACACAAACCAUUCGGACUGAUACAAUUGAACUGCGUGUUUUUCGGUACAAAACGCCGCAACAAAACAAUUCUAACUUGUGAUAGCUCAUAAGAAAAAGUUUCUAUCGGUCACACAAUGUUGUCGUCAAAGAUUGAACAACUCAUAGUCAUACUGGAAAACCAGGAACUUGACUCACCAAAUGGAGUCACACCACAGUUGUAUGCCGAGUUGAUGGCCGCUUAUCUCUACAAAAACGAUCUUUCGAGCGCUCGGUUUUUGUGGAAGCGGAUCCCAUUGAAUGUGAAAACGGGCAAUAUUGAACUGGAAAAGAUUCACAGCGUUUACAUCUGCUUGUGGAACAAUGACAUCGCCGGCUUCUUCAAAAUCAUCAACUACGAAUGGUCAAAUAACAUCGCCGAACUUAUGUUCGAACUGCGAGAAAAGACGUACAAAGAGACAGUGGAUUUGAUUGCCAAAGCGUACACGUCACUCUUUGAAGACUUCAUAUGCAACAUGUUGAAUCAGACGCCCGAUGUUAUAACGGAGCUGUGCAAAAAUUUGGAAUGGGAAAUUGAAGACGGCAACUAUCCACGCUUGAUUAAACCACGACGCCCACCCGAUGCCAAAGUCAACACGGAAUCUGCUGAAAAUCUCCUGGCCAAAUUGACGGACUUCGUUUCGUUCUUGGAAAAUUGAAAAUUAACAAGCAUCGAUCGCAUUUAAUUAACUCUCUUCGCGUAAGUCGCAAAAUUCGAAUAAAACUGAACACUGAAGCCACACAUUUAAUGUAAAAAAAAAUACAAUCAUUACUUAAGUAAAGAUUCAAAACCAAAAUAAAUAUUUCCGAAAAAAAAACGAAAAAAA